AAAAAAUGAUGAUGACUUAGAAGAGUUAGAUAGCCCUACACAAGUGAAAAGAAAAAGAACUCAUUAAGGUUGACAUGAAUCCCUCAAAAACUCUGAAGUAUGAAAUGGGGCAAGCUUCAAAAAUCCCCAAGCAUGAACUCAUUCAGCCAGGUGCCUUAGCAAAGGUACUAGGUCAAAGUUUGAAAACUAUGAGCACUAUCAGAGUUAUUGUUGCACAAAGGACUCUGAUUGCCAAAAAUAGAAGUUACUAUGCAAUAACUUCAAAGUUGAAUAAGCUAGCAAAUAAUAGUUUCCAUGUGCAUCCUUGUUUAGAGGAAAAGGAAGACAAUGCUCCCCUCCAUCAAGAAGCUGAAGUGAAUCAACACAUUUUGACCAGUGAUGCAAGGGUCAUGGACAAAGCUUAAGGAUUAAUGCUGAAAAAAGGACUAUGAUUGGCGAAAAUAGAAAUACUACAACAACUUCUACUCAAAACAAGCCAGGAAAGAAAAGUAUCCCUCUGUCUCCUAAUUUUAAUCCAAUGGAAGACAAUGACACCCUCUUUCUAGAAGUGGAAGUGACUCGAGAUACUCAAAGAUGUGAUCAUUUGCUAAAGAGUCCAUUUGAAUAUGAUAAGUCCAAAAAAGUGAUUGAAGUGCCUCGAGUUGCCCAAAGAAGUCCGUUUGAAUAUAGAAAAGCAAAAAAACUAGUUGGAGUGGCUCAAGGUUCUAAGGGAAAUCAAACUAGUCCAGUUGGAUAUGAUAAGGCAGAAAAAAUGACUGAAGUGUAUCGAGAUGUUCAGAGAAGUGAUACUAGUCUAUUAAAGUCUAAAAAGGCAAAAAAAAAAGUGAUUGAAGUGGCUGAAGAUGCUACGAGAAAUGAAACUAGAAACGUUUGA